AUGUCACCGGCACUAUCAGCAGCAAUCAGAGGGAUGAUAGAUUGUUGGGUUCCCAUCAAGUUGGAAGAAGCCACUGGCUUGGUCAUCAGAUUUGUAAUUGGUAGAACUAGUGAUAAAUCGAAGAUGACAGAGCACAGAAAGGAGGUAGCUGAAUAUGAUGACUUCAUGCUAUUAGAUAUUGAGGAGUAUAGUAAGCUCCCAUACAAAACGUUAGUGCUGACAGUAUUUAUGUAUAAGACAUCAGUACCUAAUACCUAUAGACUGUCAUUCAGAAUAAAUUCUGUCUCUACUACAGUUUAGCUUACUUCAAAGCUGCCUACGCAAUUUUCGACUCAGAGUUCUAUGUUAAAGCGGAUGAUGACAUAUAUCUGAGGCCAGAUCGCCUUUCACUGCUUUUGGCUAAAGAGCG